AUGGGCGAAUACGAACUCGAAAAUCGCCUCGAUAUCUUCGAAGACCUUCUCAGAAAGCGGCCUUUUCUCAUCAAUGACGUGAGACUCAAAAGCAGUCCAAACAACGUCGAUCUCUGGCUCGAACGUGCAUCAAUAUACGACAAUGACCACGGUGGCAGAAUCAAAGCUCUAGUGGACGCUCUCAUGAAUAUCAAUCCGCUACAUGCAACGGGACAAAAGAGCUUGGUGAGUAUAUGGGAGGAAUACGCAAAGAUAUAUCUAGACCUGGGUGACGUGAACACUGCGAUUUUGAUUUAUUCCAAAGCGGCCAAAUCUCAGUUCAAAGAUGCCCUGGAACUUGCGUCUGUCCAUAUCAUGUGGACAGAAGCGCUCUUAAAUGUUUCUGACGAGGCAGCUCUUGAACACAUCGAGGAUGUCUUAUACAAUCAUAUACCUCCCAACUUCAAGCAGGUGAAGUUUCACAUCUCCUCUAUGCCUGUCCAAGCAAGAGUGUUCAAAUCUGUCGAUUUAUGGAAAUUUUAUAUCGACCUACUAAAAGCUGUCUUGGAUGAGAAGAAUCUCGAGGUGAUAAACAACAAAAUGCACACGGCGUAUCAGAAAAUGAUGCAUCUAGAAGUGAUUACUCUACGACUUAUCUUUGAUUAUGCUUCAUUUUUGAAGCAGCAAAACAUGCUAGACCGUGCAUUCUCUUUGUACGAGGAGGCGCUUCGUGCUUUUCAAGCCCCAAUGGCCCAAUAUGAACUUUGGAAAGCAUACUUGGAAGAUACUAUACUACAAAAGCUGGCCAAUGAAAACCGAAUCCGUGAUCUUUUGGAGCAGUGCUUGCUGGGCGUGCCAUUGCCGGGCCAUCUUGUAAAAAACAUAUUCGAUAUGUACAUUGACUUCGAAGAAAGGAACCAAAUGCCUAUAAAAACACUCAAGUUGCUUGAAAGAGCAAUUGCUUACCUUGGACAGGCUAUCCAAGGUCCUGUUAUGGACUACUCAAAACAGGAACUCAACAAGAUUGUGGACGACAAAUACGUCUUCCAACUUCAGCUUUUGACCAGGAUUGCGCAGGUGAAGGACCACCAGCUUUUAAGAAGUGCUUACGAAACAGCAGUUCAGGAUUUGCACUACUCAAUGCCGCAAAUUCUCGACUUAGGACUCCGUUUUAUCGAGUUUGAGACACUUCAGAAGGAAAUUGUGAGAGCAAGAUCUCUUUUCAAACACUUCACUCUGUUGGGAAGUCCGGAAUCACUUCUUUUUGCUAAAGUUUGGGCCGCCUGGGAAAAGUUUGAAUCUGAACAUGGGUCCGAAGAACUAAUUCAAGAUAUGUUUAGUUACAGAAGAAAGCUCUCGAGAGUUUUUGCUGACAUUGCUCAAGCUAAGAGCGAGGUAAAUCCUAUGGGAUUUGUGAAGGGAGAGACCAAGGGAGGAGAGAUCAAGCCCAAGCAUGUCGAGAAUCCCGACGCCAUCGAUUUAGACAUGGACAUGUGA